AUGAGGUGGCCUGGUGCAGCACAUUCGGUUGCCUGGAAACAUCACAAACGAGAAACUCAGCUGGGUUCCAGGCCGCCUCAUGUUUCACUUGGCACGAUAUUCGAGAUAUCGCAGUAUAUUUUCAUAAAGGAAACUACUCACAAGGUUGCCAAAGACUCUUCGACAGUUCACGACCGGUUUCGCCCUUCUUGGGGCUCAUCAGGUAGGUGCAGUCCCCGAGUUUCCGUCAACCUUAUGUUCUACUUGAAAUCAAACUGGACUGUCUUCGAGAAAUACACUCACUUGCAAAUCAGUUCGGUCGAAACCGGUCGUGGGCUGCCGGAGAGUUCUCAGCAACCU